CCCCUAUAAGUUCCUCUCCCCUCCGGCCGGUGUCCGACCCGCCGCACAGCACCAACCGACUAAACUGCCACCGCCCGCCACUGCACCCUCCCGCCCCCAAGACACAGAAGCCUGUCGUUCCCCAUGGCGCGGCCUGUGUCCACGCCGGCGAAGGCGAUAGCGGUCGCGGUGGUGGUGUUGGUGCUCCUCGCUGCGUCGCCGGCGGCGCUGGCCCUGCACGACUACGGCGACGCGCUCCACAAGAGCAUCCUCUUCUUCGAGGGCCAGCGGUCCGGCCGGCUGCCCCCCGACCAGCGCCUCCGGUGGCGCCAGGACUCGGGCAUCCACGACGGCGCCGAGGCCGGCGUGGACCUGACGGGCGGGUACUACGACGCCGGCGACAACGUGAAGUUCGGGUUCCCGAUGGCUUUCACGGCGACGCUAAUGUCGUGGGGCCUCAUCGACUUCGGGCGCAGCUUCGGCGCGCGCGAGGAGGCAGCGGCCCGGGAGGCCGUCCGGUGGGCGACGGACUACCUGAUGAAGGCGACGGCGACGCCCGGGACGGUGUACGUGCAGGUGGGCGACGCGUCCCGCGACCACGCGUGCUGGGAGCGGCCCGAGGACAUGGACACCCCGCGCACCGUGUACAAGGUGGACGCCGCGCACCCGGGCUCCGACGUGGCCGCCGAGACCGCCGCCGCGCUUGCGGCGGGCUCCAUCGUGUUCCGCGACACCGACCCUGCCUACUCCGAGCGCCUCCUCGACCGCGCUGUCGCCGUGUUCGCGUUCGCGGACGCGCACCGCGGCGCGUACAGCGGCAGCCUCCGCGCUGCGGUGUGCCCCUGCUACUGCGACUACUCCGGGUACCAGGACGAGCUGCUGUGGGGCGCGGCGUGGCUGCACCGCGCGUCGCGCCGCCGGGAGUACCGCGAGUACAUCAAGCGCAACGAGGUGGCGCUGGGCGCCAGCGACGCCAUCAACGAGUUCGGCUGGGACAACAAGCACGCCGGCAUCAACGUCCUCAUCUCCAAGGAGGUGCUGAUGGGCAAGGACGAGUACUUCCGGUCGUUCCGCGAGAACGCCGACGACUUCAUCUGCGGCCUCCUCCCCGGCAUCUCCUCCGGCUCCGGGCACCCGCAGAUCGACUACUCCCCCGGCGGCCUCCUCUUCAAGGUGGGCAACAGCAACAUGCAGCACGUGACGUCGCUCUCCUUCCUCCUCCUCGCCUACUCCAACUACCUCAGCCACGCCGGCGCCCGCGUCUCCUGCGGCGGCGGCGGCGCCUCCGCGGCGUCGCCCGUGCAGCUCCGCCGCGUGGCCAAGCGGCAGGUGGACUACAUCCUGGGCGACAACCCGCUGCGGAUGUCCUACAUGGUGGGCUACGGCCCGCGGUACCCGCUCCGGAUCCACCACCGGGCCAGCUCGCUGCCGUCGGUCGCGGCCCACCCGGCGCGGAUCGGGUGCAAGGCGGGCGCCGCCUACUACGCCAGCCCGGCGCCCAACCCGAACCUGCUGGUGGGCGCCGUCGUGGGCGGGCCCAGCAACAGCACCGACGCCUUCCCCGACGCGCGCGCCGUGUUCCAGCAGUCCGAGCCCACCACCUACAUCAACGCGCCGCUGCUCGGCCUGCUCGCCUACUUCUCCGCGCACCCCGACCUGGAGGCGGCCCAGCUCGGCCGCGACUGAAUGAACUAACUAGUCGAGAUGGGCGGGCCUUCUGCGUGUGUGGGCCUUUUGUGUGUGUUCUGCGAUGCGCCUGGUCCAUCGGUCCUGCUCCUGCUACUCUGCAUUGCCGAUUCAGUAGUAGUGGUGAUUGUAGUGUUAGUGUCA